CUUUGUCUGAGUGUAGAAGUAACAGCUGCAAAAUGAAAUUUCAGUGGUUCAUGUUCAGAGCUCUGUGGAUUCUCCUCAUUUUACCAACUUUCAGUGGAGAAAGCCUGUGCAAAAGUGAACUUUUACUAAGCAGUAACAUUUCUACUGAGCUCCAGUCUGAUGUCCUGCUGCCGUGUAACUUUAAUCCAACUCUCCUCGGAUCAGAUAAGACUGCAGAUAUAGCAGUAGUGUGGAGUCAGAGGAACACAACAAUACACAAUCUAGUGGAGAUCACUCUACAGGGAAAUGUGUUGUUUUGGGAUACUAAAGGUGGACGUAUCAAGACGUUCGCUAAGCUCUCUGAAUCAGGAAACUUCUCCAUCCUCCUUCAGAAAGUGCAGCCGUAUGAUCUGGGUCUCUACCACUGUGAGCUGUUUAACGGGACCGGCUGCAGAAUUGCGUAUCAGGAGCUUCACCUGCUUGUCAGCAUCCAACAAAGCCAUCAGUUAAUGUGGAGCACAGUUGGAGCAUUCUCAGGAGGAAUUGUGCUGCUUGCUGUAUUCACAACCUGUUUGUUACAUGCAAAACGCAGACAGAAUAUCACUGUUAUCGAAUCUGACUAUGAAAACGUUGUGGGUGCAACAGCACACUCAGACAGAGGAAGUAAGCAGUCUGUGGUAUUUGAUAACCAAACUUUGAUCUGUUAUAUAACACUAAAGCCUCUAGUAGUGACUCAGAUUUAAACCUUUAAUAAUAACUAUCUAAUUAACCAUAAUAAUAAAUGCUCUUUAGAUCCAGAGCUUAUCAGUUUCAAAUGCUGUGCUAUAAGUGCAUCAUGUGUU